AUCACUCUCUAUCAGUGAAUAGAACCGUUAAGACACAGUUAAUUUUGGGUCAUUAUGAAGUGUAUGAUAUUUCUGGUAUGCAGUCUCUUCGUGCUUCUCUUCCUUUCAAAAUCGGUGAAUGGAACCAUCACCGGUGGUAGUAUUGGUGGAGUUAUUGGUGGUAGUAUUGGUGGUAGUAUUGGUGGAGCUAUUGGUGGAACUAUCAGGGGAGGUCACGCUUCAGGUUAUAUUCGUGGUGCCAGGGGACGACCUGGAGUAUAUGGCAUAUAUAUUCCUUUGUGAGAAAUUUGUCAGGAGGUACUCGGUAUUAUUCAAAAAAAAACGAAAUCUCUUCAAAAUUGUGUGGGUGUUAUUGGUUGUACAAAAAAUUGAAAAUGUCACAUGUGGUUUCUCUUCUGGAAAAAGAAAGGUUCUGAAAACUAUUUGCAGCAUUUUCCUACUGCUCACUGUAUCAAAUCUGACAGCUGGACAAUUUAGAGGACGUGGCAGUGCUAGCGGAAGUGGUGCAAUCAGUGGCAGUAUUGCCGGGGGAGGAGGGCUUGGAUUAGCCGGCAAAGGUGGAGCUGCAGGAGCAAUUGGUGCUGCAGGAGGUAUUGAAUGUCGUGGACCUAAUUGUGGCGCAGGUGCAGCAGGAGGUAUUGAAUGUCGCGGACCUAAUUGUGGUGCCGGUGCUGGUGCUGCUGGUGGCAUUGAAUGUCGCGGUCCUAAUUGUGGUGCCGGUGCUGGUGCUGCAGGUGGCAUUGAAUGUCGCGGUCCUAAUUGCGGUGCCGGUGCUGGUGCUGCAGGUGGCAUUGAAUGUCGCGGUCCAAAUUGUGGUGCUGCAGGUGGUAUUGAAUGUCGCGGUCCAAAUUGUGGUGCCGGUGCUGGCGCUGCAGGAGGUAUUGAAUGUCGCCGACCUAAUUGUGGCGCAGGUGCAGCAGGAGGUAUUGAAUGUCGCGGACCUAAUUGUGGUGAAGGUGCUGGUGCUGCAGGUGGCAUUGAAUGUCGCGGUCCUAAUUGUGGUGCCGGUGCUGGUGCUGCUGGUGGCAUUGAAUGUCGCGGUCCUAAUUGUGGUGACGGUGCUGGUGCUGCAGGUGGUAUUGAAUGUCGCGGUCCUAAUUGCGGUGCCGGUGCUGGUGCUGCAGGUGGCAUUGAAUGUCGCGGUCCAAAUUGUGGUGCUGCAGGUGGUAUUGAAUGUCGCGGUCCAAAUUGUGGCGCCGGUGCUGGUGCUGCAGGAGGUAUUGAAUGUCGCGGACCUAAUUGUGGUGCCGGUGCUGGUGCUGCUGGUGGCAUUGAAUGUCGCGGUCCUAAUUGUGGUUACGGUGCUGGUGCUGCAGGAGGUAUUGAAUGUCGAGGACCUAAUUGUGGUGCAGGUGCAGCAGGAGGUAUUGAAUGUCGCAGACCUAAUUGUGGUGCCGGUGCAGCAGGAGGUAUUGAAUGUCGCGGACCAAAUUGUGGUGCCGGUGCUGGUGCUUCAGGUGGUAUUGAAUGUCGCGGUCCUAAUUGUGGUGCUGCAGAUGUCAUUGAAUGUCGCGGUCCUAAUUGUGGUGCCGGUGCUGGUGCUAUGUCAUUGAAUGUCGCGGUCCUAAUUGUGGUGCCGGUGCUGGUGCUGCUGGUGGCAUUGAAUGUCGCGGUCCUAAUUGUGGUGUGCAGCAGGUGGUAUUGA